UACUGCUUCCACUCAGGAAAUCGGAUUUAUUCAAGAUCCGGUUGGUUGACAAUGUCACGUGAUAAGUGCUUACUUUCCAAGGUAGUUUUGGGACUCUUAAUAUUUAUCUUAUUCGGAAGUGAGAAAAUAUCUUUAUAAAUCAGCUGUCAGGAGAUUUUGACGAGAAGUCCAUUUUUGGUGACUCAGGGAACAAACAAGCUACGCACAUUUUCGAUUAUGAUGUAGCCGUAUCUUGCCGCGUUUGCACAACUAAUGUUAAAAUUUUAGGUAAACAACGAACGAAGAAAUAUUUACCGACGUGGGAACCGCAGAUUCCUGGGAGACAAUGCAAGUUGGUUAACAAGUUAGGACAAGGAUAAGUCAGGAUUAUAGAGUAUAAUAAGCGUGCGCUUACUUUUAAGCUGCUUUUCAACGAGAGUUGAAGACAUCGGCUGAAUGAGUGUUUCGGCCGAAAAGCAAACUAAUCUGAGCGGCCAUAAGUGGCACGUUUGUCAGCUAGAAUUUAGUCCUAGUGGACUACAUCUCGCCUCCGCUAGUUGGGAUAAAACAGUGAGGAUAUGGGAUCUCAGUACGUUGGAAUCUAUGUUCGUUUUACGGCACCAUCGAAAUCCCGUCACUUGUCUCUCUUGGCAGCCGCGAGGAGCAGCGGAAGGCCAUCUGGGUAGACUCGCCUCCGGUUCGGCUGACGGCACUGUCGCCUUGUGGAGUGGGGAAACAGGGAAACUACUUCAAUCUAUUUCGCAUCACAAAGGAUGGGUUUUGGGGACUUCAUUUUCGAGUGGUGGUGACUUAUUGGCCUCCGCUGGUUGGGACAAAACCGUAUGUCUCUCUGAUGUGCGCACGGGACGGUUAAUUCAUAGACUUGUAGGUCAUACAACUGGUGUAUGGAAUUGUGUGUUUCAAACGAGUGGGAUUUCAACAAAUUUGCUUUGUUCUGGAGCAGAUGACGGUUCCUUAAAGAUCUGGGAUACACGAAUGGCAAAUUCCGUCAUGUCACUGGUCGGAGCGCAUGACGAUAGCGUGAAAUCCUGUGCGUGGUCUCCAGAUGGCGGAUACAUCGCCUCUGGGGCGGCUGAUAACAAGGUGAGAAAUGAUCUAAUACUGCCACAAUAUAGAAAAAAUAACUUCUUAGGAAAGUAUUUCUAGGUUCUUUUCGUAUUUUAAUGUUAACUUGCCACACCUUUAAAGCUAUAACUACAGUACUUAAAAAGUAAUCAAUGUUUUUUAUACUUUUGGAGACUCUUCGGUCCUCUUUGAACAAAGUGGACGAUAACUUUUUGAACAUGUAUUAAAACACCAAGCGCAAUCAGGUUGAAAAUCGCUGUCAAAAUAUUUUUGACUCAAGUCAAGCGAAGAUAUUUGUUCUUUUUUCGCGGUUUAAUUUAAGGAAUUUUACCCUACCACGUUCGAAAGAAAAUCAUUACUUCAACAGUUGUGUUUGAUUCCAUCGUGAGAACAAAGUUUGUUUUACUUUUUAGAGUUGUCAAAAGUUUAGCUCAUUUUGGAAUCCAUUUUGGUAGUUGCGUUUUUUAUGGUUACGGAAAAUUAUUUUAUUCCCACGGAAUGGACGUUCAAUUUCGAGACCUUUUUUAGUGCUGGUUAUUAAUAAUAGCUGUUAAUUUUAAGGGGAUCGAUUGUUUUGUGGUUUGAAAAGAGAGUUUUUUUGUCAUCCAAUGAACCGAUUAGUUUGGCGGUAGCUGAAAGUGGUAGCCAUGGACGUCAUAGUGUUUCAACUUCAAAAGCAAUGAUUUGCGUCUUCUGUUUCUAAACAAAAGGUGACUUUAGCAAAAUCUGGCUUAAAACAUUGCGUGAAAUAAGUUCAUAGUUGGUGUCAUUACUCACGAAUUUUGUUCCCUUUUCAUUCAUAUACCGUAUUCACAUCCUGUAAAUUGAAUCCAUCUUAGGAUUUGGACUUAUGACGUCAAUUACAAUUCGAUGCGGAUGAUGAAAGAGAUGCCGUUGUAAAUUAUUAAUUAGUAGAAAAGAAAAUAAUAAAAAUUGGGAUUUGGUUUUUUAACCAUUUAUGUUUAGAGGGAUAUAAUCUUUCCAUCUGUUUUAAUGCUGUUUGUGAUGUUUUAGCAUCCACAAAUGAUCAUUCCUGGUUCCUUGAAAGAUCGCUUAAGCCAGGGUUUAGCCAGAGUUGAUGGAAGGUCUCUUGACCAAGAACAUGUAACUGGAGUUUGUAAAAAUGUUGUGGAGCCUUUGUUCCAGUUAUGAUAACACAAAAUGGCACUCUAUAAACAUUCUCUUCCAAAAAUGUACAAAAUUCAGCGUGAGAUAGUUGAACAAGUCACCAUCUUGGUUCAUGUAUGAUUUUAUUUCAACAUUGCUUGUGAAAUGGUGGGUAGCUCAAGUGGCCAGAAAUAAAUUACUUUUAUUUUGGUCUUGUUGAUUUACAGAUAUCAUUGUAAGGAGAAAAAGAGAAAAUAACAUUUUCAGAUCCUCCAGUUUUUUGAAAAAGGAUGAUUCUCAGUUUCUCCUGGAUACUACAGUUGUCCAAGAGAAAGAAAAAAACAAUGUGCCUGCCUUUUUUUUGGUGUGUGUGUGUGGGGGGGCUUGAAUGGAAUUUGAAACCAACAUGUCUUACCGGGGGGAAGGGAUGAAUGGGGGUAUGCAAAUCCGCCAAUUUGUCAUGAUUUAUCAAUCAAAUCCGCCACUAAAUUUUGCCCUGAAUCCGAAAUCCGGGUGCAAAUAUUUUAAUUGCAUGCAAAGUCCAAAUCCGGGCCCCCAAAAUGGAUGAAUCUGCUGCAAUUUAUUGCAGGAUCCGGAAAUCCACUAAAAUCUUGCUUUGAAUCCAAAAUCCAGGGGAAAAAUAUUUUGAAAAUCCGCCAAUCCGUUUGCCUAUUCACCCUGCUCCUUAUCCCCUUCUUAUUUGUGUUUACAAAAAUGCCCUUAUAAGAGUGGUCCUUAUUUUCAGAUUGCUUUGUGGGAACCAAGAAGUGGAACACUGCUCAUCAAACUCCGCGCACAUGAAGAUGCUGUCAAUGAAAUACAGUUUUACCCUGUAAUAAGCAGUAAAUCAGUGCCUAUCAUCUUCUCUGUUGGUGACAAUUCCUGUCGAGUGUGGCAUCCUUUAAGGAAGCGCAGCAAACAGCUCCAGAUAAUCAAGCAACACAGACUUGGCUUAGAGGUAUGAACAAGGCUGAUAUAAGCUUCCCCUUGUAGGCGGCUGAUUGUUAUCGUUGUCUUCAAAAGAGAUGUAAGCACUUUUACUAUGUCACAAGUAGUUUCAUUGGGGUAUUGGUACUUGAAUUGAGGCAGAUCAACUCGAAGGCCAACAGCAGACUCACUGCUUAUUACCUAACUCUAUGUGUGCACCCAAAUUCCGCAGGCUUGUAAAAUUUGAGACAUAACCAAUAUACUGAGACUACUGAGACCUUGCUUGAACACCAAGAGUUUGCAGUAAAAUUCAAGAAUUCAACAAAGUGCAUAAAAAUGUCACUCCAUUUCAAACUUUUCCACCUGAUUCUCUCUAGAUCCCAGUCAAAAAAAGAAGGCAUUUUUUUUGUUGUCAUAUUUUCUAGGGUUGGUGUUAUAAUCAGAUCUCCAGGGUUGUUUUUGCCAAAUUCCAGGUGUUAAAUUCAAUUUUGAACAUUUUUAAAUACAACUCGAUCAGAUAAGAAAUAAUCAUGAUCCUAACCACCGACAACUUUUUAAUUCUUAAUUUUUAUUUUUUAUUUGUGAUAAGGUGGAAGCUCUGGCAUUAUCCCCAGAUGGGACACUGUUGGCUACAGGAGCCAGGGACAAAGACAUCAUAUUGUCUUCUUUGGAUGUUUCUCUAACAGAAGUUGAUGCACUUCCAAUUGAGGAUCAAAGUGAAGCUGCCAUCAACAAGGGUGCUACACUGUGGAAGAAAUAUACCAAGAAAGUAAUGCAAAAAAUUAUGAGUAAGUACAAGUGACUAGCAUUUGGACACUGGUAAUAGUUACAGUACAACCUACUGUAACUGGGGUCAGCUUGGCAAAAUGGUCUAAUCCCAUUAAUUACUUACAGGAAACUAACAAGAAAGUUGGUUGUCAAUCAUAUGACAAAAUGAAACAAACAAAAUGGACCAAAAUCCACCAAUUACAGCCUACACCACAGAAUUGCCUAGUCCCUAGGCCCCAUUAUUCUGUGCAGCUGAUUCGUUUCGGGUCACUUGGUCCAAGUAAAGAAGUGAGGCCUAGACAAAAAUCCUCAAAAGUGAGACAAAAGUGAGACAUCCCAUGCCGUGGGUUACAAGACCAAAGUUUCACAUUUCAAGGUUAAAAAUGCACCGCUAAAAGACACAGAUGGGAAGGGAAAGUUCAAAAGAAUGCUUAGUUUUCUUUUCAUAGACAAAGGAAGGCUUUUCUUUACAAAAUUGACUCCUGCUAGGAAUUCAAAAUUUUCUUCAUGGCGAAGUACUUGGCCUGUUUUGAAACAGAACUAAGCAGUGAAGUUUUUGAACUUUUUGUACUCUGUAGUCAAGAAAAUUAUGUUUUAAAAGGAAAUUUAUGUAUACUGUAAGUGAACAUUUCAUAGCCAUUUUAUACCUUUUGAGACCCUGGUUUCUAACUGCAUGAACAGAUUCACCAGCCAGUUAGUGUUAUGCGAGUUGCUUUAAAGUAUUAAUUUAUGCGUUUUUAAAUAUAAUUGUUCGAGAAAUAAUUUCUGUGUCUGUUGUAUGUUCUUUUAUUGUUAACAAAAUAGCUCAAAACACGAUCCUGAGGUUGAGACUACAGCAUCCAAGUUGAAUUAUUUUACAUGUGAUGCUUCUCACAUUACAUGCAUCACUUCUGCGAAGAUGUGGGCACAUUUUAUAGAACUUUUACUUUUAGGUUCAGUUUUUAGGCACAUUUCAAUGCACAGCUAAUGAAUAUUAUUUGAAAGUAUGUUUAAUUUCUGAUUAAUCAAGAUUUGCGUUUUAAGUUUACUACACAAAGGGUCACUAAAGUAUCGCUUUUAUUUUGAAAAUUUGCGCAGUCGUUUAAAUGGGUUAAGAGCUAGAUACUCCGAUAGUUCAGUUAGAAUGAUAAGAUUGAGGGAGCAGAAAUCAAUCUUCACAGGACUAUGAAUUCAUGACAUUCUGGUCACUCUUCAAAGCCGGUUGGCGAAAAUCGAUCUACUAUUUUGCAAAUAUCCAAAAGGGUAUUAAAACCUUCCUUCUGUUUACAAUUACGACAUCUUGAUUAAAAAACAAUGCAAGCACGUCCAUUCUGAUUUUGUCUAGGCAUUUCCUGCCCAUUUGUGUCAGAUACCUCAUGAAGUGAAUUGACUGAGAAGGCCUGGGAAAACACCGUACAGGGACUAGGCAAUCUUCAAAUGUGACCAUUUGAACCUGCUGAUAAAAGCCUAGGCUAUAUUUCCUGAGGGGUUCUGUUAUAGCGAUCAACAAAAGCAAACUACGAGAAUGUUGAUAAAUUUUUUAAGGCUGCAGUUGUUGAUAAGCACAAAAUCACAGCAUAGUGACAAACAAGUACUACAGUAAAAACCUGCAACUAAGAACCUAGUUUUUAAGAACCUGUUAGGCUAAAAUUUGCCUGCUUGGCCCCCUCUAUACAAGAACCUGUUAAGCCGAAAAUUUUAAUCAGGUUCUUAUUUUCUGAAAUCUAUAAAAAAAAUUCUGUACUCUUAGGAUCCUCUUUGGAGACAUAGAUGCCUUAUUACUCUAACGGCAAAUUGUAAUGGUAUACAGAAUUUACCUAAAUAGUGAGCUGAAUACCACUAAAUACUCGUCUCUUAGCUAUGAUGUAUUUUUAUCGUCAGAAAAUAAGAGCCUAUUUAUUGUCAAACUCAGAAAACUGUGAACGGCUGAAAAUUUUCGGGAAUGUUGACUGUGUGGUGACCAAUCACAAUGAAGUUCAGGAAAUGCGAGCAAACCACAAAACCACAAACUAAUACCAUGGGUUUCAUAAAGCAUCAGAGAUCGGAGAAUUCUCUGUCUACUACGCGUACGUACCGAAGCGUGAAGAGUUGACUGAAUGCUAGAUGCUUUUUUAUUUCCAUGCAAAAAAUUAUUAAACGAAUAAAUACCAAUGAAACAAAACGUGAAACAAAAUAAAGUACAAGAGGAACAAAUCACAGUGGCAAAGUUAGGACAAGAAAAGUGUAAGCGAUAAGAAUCAAGUACCUUUAUGAAUAAAAGGAAUGAUUUCUUUGUGAACUGCCAUGGAAAAAAAAUUGAUGAUAAUUACCGUAUAUAAAUGACAGGGUAUCAAAUUACCAUGAAGCAAAUGCAAAUUUUGAAAUUUGUUUAUUUUAACAAUGACUUCUAAAACGGCACAUGGUAAAUUGUAAUUGCAGAGGAAACAAAGAAGAAAUAUUUUUUAUUUAUAGAUAUUCGACAAAUCGUCUAUUAAACUGCAAAUGCAAAGUUUUGUGCUGACAGCGAAUUUGUUUAAAAUAUUUGUUUCGUCUCGUGCGAGCACAUGUGUCGCUGACAGAGGCGGGAAAAGUUUUGCCAGUGAGUUUAACAGUAAGAACCUAUUAGAAUAGCCUAAAUUGUUUUGUGCUAAUUACCAUUUAUUUAAGAAUCUGUUUAGGCUAACUUGGGAAAAUGCAGGAUCUUAGUCAUAGGUUUUUACUAUAUGUUUCCACAACAUUAUGUUUGAUCAGUGAUUACAUUGUAUAAAUUAUCGUGGUAACAAUAUUUUGUUACAGGUGAAACCAGUGACAGUGACUCUUCCCAAUCACCAAGAAAUGCAAAAAACACUGCUUCUUUGGUUGGGCGAGCUGUAUACAAAACAGAGCAGAAGCCAAAAGUAAAUGGUAUAUUCAAAGACAGUCAACACACUGUUGUUGAAGUUAAUGGCGAGAAAUCCACUGAUGGUGUCAUAAAAGAUCACAGGGCAAAACUACGCAAAAGUUCAAGGCCUCAAGACAGCACUGAGGCACCUGUCAAAUCAACAAAUGGGCUGGAUGAUGCCCAGUCAGAUGGAAUUAUAACAGAUCAUAGGGCAAGACUGCGUAAAACUUCAAGGCCUGAUGGCAAUGAAGAACACAGUAAAGCUACAAAUGGGAGGGACAAUCAUACUCAGUCCAGUGGGAUUCCGAAACACCCAAGGGGGAUACUGCGCAAAAGUUCACGACCUGACAGCACUGGUUCUGAAGAUAAUUCAACAAACGAGUUUGAUCUAGUUCGGCAACGUCUGCGACAUGUUGAGUUGCAAAAUGGACAUGAUGAUGUGGACAUUAAUGGUAGUAGCUACUCAAUUUUUGAUGAGAAUGGCUUGUAUCCUAAAAGAAAUGGAUAUCACAGCCAUAACGACAGUUCCAGUGUCAGCAGCAGUAGUUACUAUGGUGACAUAGAGGACGUUGCUAAGGAAAUGUGCGAUCUUGCAAAUGGUGUGGCAGAUUCCAGACUUUAGGUGAAGUGAUAUACUCUUAGAUUUUAAUAAUCUUCGCCUUGAUAAAAAUUCCUUAUGCAUGUUUGAGUCACUCGUAAGUAUGAUAAUUUGCUGGAGGAGUAAAGGACAGGGAAAAAAUAACUUAUCCUUCACUGUAUGUCUUGAAAAGGACAAUGCAUGUUAUUAAGUGUCUUGUGUACAUACAUAUCAUGUACACAAUGGUUAUUUUUUUAAAUAAAGCCACACUGGUGCACACCACACACAAUCAGAUCACCUUCCUUUCUGUAAAAGGUGUAUCAUUUUGCUAGCUGCAGGCAUUCCAGUUAACAUUUUUAUAAUAAUAAUAGUUUCAUCCAUGCCAUUUAAUCAUACAUUUCUUGUCUCAAAGCAAAUAGACAAAGUUGUGAAGAAAACAGGGAGAGGAAUGUCCCUUUUCUUCCCAGCCACACUGAGGAGAUACUGGACUUUGUAUUAAAUGGAUAUUAUCCAUGGUAUUAACUCAACAGAAUAGUAGCAAAAAGUAUUGUUAAGUCUUUUAUUACAAAUAACAUUUUAUAGGUCAGUGGUUAGGCACUGCAUGAUAUUGGUUUUUGUACAUAUCUUCUGUCCAAAGGAAAUAUUUAUACAUAACUACACUUAACAAUACGAGUCAUUGAAACAAAUAGUGCUGUUGAUGAACAAACAAUACUAUGAUUACUAUGUUGUUAUAAAGAUAAUCUAGAGGAAGGAAAAGCUAAAACAUUACAAAGCAUUUAUAAUUAUUUUAAAUGGGUAAUAAUUUAUUGGCUAUACAUUUAUUCAGCUGUGAUAAAGGGACAAACCAUCAGAAGAGUUAUGGGGGGGGAUUUGUCGAGCUGCAGGAACUUAUCAACAUUAUCAAAUUCCUUGAAUGAAUUUUUUUAGGCCAUAGCAUGAAUAUUUUUCAGGGUUAAUUGGUGUGCAUGAAUUUUUUUUCAUUAAAAAUUUUCCCUUGUGUGAAUAUAAGUUUUCUAAUGGUCUGUCCCUAAAAAUGUAAGUUAUGGUUAAUGUUAUUACAUAUUAUUGCCUUACUGUGAUGACCCAACAAAUAUUAGAAAAAGUGAAUUUUUUUCAGGGGAUGUGAGAAUAAUUGUUUAGCAAGCUCCACUGAUAAGGAUCAAGUUUUUGUUUUUGGUUCUACUCCUUUCAAGCUCCUUUAUUCACUAAAGCUUCAAAGGGAGGUAAUUUAGUAAUACAAGAACUAGGUAAAAACUAAUUAUUAAAAAUCACUGGCAAGGGAAAACAAACCAGUAAUAUUACAUCAACAUGCUUAUUGUGAAUGAAGCCAUGAACGGUCACAUCAGCCCGAGGAGCAUUAGGGUUUGCUCAACUGUGCCUGGUGCCACAAUGGCCAAAUUGUUAAAUUUGUUUGGUUGCCAUGGUAAGGUGCAACAUACUGCCUUGUUAGCAUCAUUAUAGAAAGAUAACAACCAACAACAAAAUUUACUGCACUAAAUCAAAUCCAGAUAGAAUUUGAAUUUGUCACACCCAUUAAGUUUUUUAGUGAUAGCCUACGAACAGGCUCCCAACUGGGUUGGGGUGAAAAAGGAAAUCGGGGAUCAAAGCUUGCAAGGCGUGGCCUGGGGGAGAAAAACAGGUCUGUGUGGGGGAGGGUAGGGGAGGGGGGCUGUAUACUUUGUGUUGAUGCCACCCAUUGGCCUACUUGCAAUUUAUUAUCCUGUAACACAUAUGUCAGUAACAUGCCAAUUAGGUUAUGAGACCGAUCAAAUACAUUUGCAUGCACGUGAGUAUUUUUUGGCCAAUGUUCAUCACUCAUUUGUUAACUGUCAUUGAUCUGACCAAUAAUGGAUGGAUAGCAUCAGGCUCGCUUUGCUCACCGAUUUUCUUUUUCACUGCACUCCACUUGAGAGCCUGAUCCCAGGCUAAUUGAGUGACAACUGAAUCUUUGCAUUUUGGGUGGCUUACAGCAGGUUCAACUUUAUGUAAAAAUUAAUGUUCUUGUAAACAUAUGAUUGUGGCAUUAUCUUGAACUGUGAAAUUUCACAUCUAAACAACAUUUGCAUGAUACAUUAAUUUUUGUAACCAGCCUUGAUACUAUAACUAAUAAUAGCUUUGUAUGCAUGAAAAGAAGAAAAUUUCAUUAAAAAGGCAUUGUAACGGUCACUUCUGAAGUGGAACAUUGUUCUUGUCAGUUAAAUGAUAAAAAUGGACAUAUUAAGUAAUAUUUCAGGUAAAAACACAAAGCUUUUUUCCUGAAAUAAGCAUACAUGUAUGCAUACUUCUUGUUGUUGGCCUGUUUUUCCAUAAUAAAAUAAUUAAACACUUAGUCUCUCUAGCAAAAACUAUGUACACGUAAGGAGGGGAUUUGAGAAAGGAAAUACACUCAACUCUCUCUAAGACAGAGACCUUGAGGGACAGCACAAAGUAUCUCUCAAAGAGUGAU